AGUUGCAGAAUGUUGGAGCGUAGAUUGGCAACUUCCAUUUUUCUCUGGUUACUUGCUUGGAGGUCAGUUCCGACGGUGGAAUCGGCGAUAGGGGUGAACUGGGGAACGGUAUCGUUUCGCAGGCUGAGGCCUUCGACAGUGGUGGAUCUCUUGAAGGACAAUAAUAUCCCAAAGGUGAAGCUGUUCGACGCGGAGGCAGAUGUUCUUACGGCUCUGAAAGGAAGUGGGAUUCAGGUAAUGGUUGGGAUCCCCAACGAGAUGUUAUCUCUGUUGAGCUCGUCCCCUUCUGCUGCGGAUUUGUGGGUUCGUCAGAAUAUUUCUUCCUAUAUGGGCAAAGGUGGUGUCUCUAUCAGGUACAUUGCUGUUGGAAAUGAACCUUUCCUGACCAGUUAUAAUGGUCAAUUUCAGAACUUAGUCAUGCCUGCAGUACUCAAUCUGCAACAGUCUCUAGUCAAAGCAAAUCUUGCUGGUAAUGUAAAAAUUGUGGUCCCUUGUAAUGCCGAUGCCUACGAGUCCUCGAUUCCUUCACAAGGGGCGUUCCGUCCUGAGCUGACUCAAAUAAUGACUCAGCUUGUUCAGUUUCUCAACUCCAAUGGCUCCCCAUUUGUGGUUAAUAUCUACCCUUUUUUAAGCCUUUAUGACAACGGAGAUUUCCCCCAAGACUAUGCAUUUUUUGAGGGAACUACUCAUCCCGUCACAGAUGGUGCCAAUGUUUACACCAAUGCAUUUGAUGGAAACUAUGAUACUUUAGUGGCAGCGUUGACUAAACUUGGUUAUGGCCAGAUGCCUAUAGUUAUUGGGGAAAUCGGUUGGCCUUCAGAUGGAGCCAUUGGGACAAAUAUCACAGCUGCAAAAGUAUUCAACCAAGGCCUUGUAAACCACGUUCUAAGUAACAAAGGGACACCCUUGAGGCCUAAUUCCUCUCCAAUGGAUAUUUAUAUUUUCAGCCUGCUUGAUGAAGGUGCAAAAAGCACACUUCCGGGAAGCUUCGAAAGACACUGGGGAAUAUUCUCGUUCGAUGGGAAGGUUAAGUAUCCAUUAAACCUUGGCCUUGGAAAUAAAGAACUGAAGAAUGCUAAGAAUGUUCAGUAUCUUCCAUCAAGGUGGUGUGUGGCAAGCCCUUCUAGUGACUUGACCACCGUGGCCAACCAUAUGAGACUAGCUUGCAGUGUUGCAGAUUGCACAACGCUUGACUAUGGAGGUUCAUGUAAUGGAAUUGGCGCGAAAGGUAACGUCUCUUAUGCUUUUAACAGUUACUAUCAGCUGCAAAUGCAAGAUUCAAGAAGCUGCAAUUUUGAUGGCCUAGGAAUGGUAACCUCUUCAGACCCUUCGGUUGGUGGUUGUAAAUUUCCUGUGGGUGUUACUGAUAAAGAGUCAGAUUCAUCUUCCUCCCAAACAACAUAUAACCUAUGGGUUUUAGGAUUAGUUUUCAUUAUGCAAGGAAUGUUGUAUCAUUUCAAUGUGAUUUAAGAGGUUUCAUGGGUAGUUCUUUUUUCAUGGUCCUUUCUCAUGAAUCGGUUAGAACUAGGACAGCUGAGAUACUAGAAGAUGACAAUAGGGAUAUUCAUUAGCAUUCUUGGAUAUUGGAGGCUCGCAUAUAGGAUUCAGUCAUGGUACUACUAUCGUACAAGGGAUUGGCAUAUAACGCUUUGGUAUUGAAGAUUGAAGAAUAGUCAGAAUAUAUGAUUGUUUUGAUGUCUAUUCUACUAUUUACUUCAAUAAAUUAUGGUUUUCUUGACUGCCUUAA